GACCGGGCGGAUUUUGCGUUGCAUUCUCACUCAUCGCUUGUUGCAGCAGCGGCUUUUUUUCCCUAAUGUACCUUUUGUUUUUAACCUUUUCAUCGGUUCACUAAGGUUAUUAUUAAGUAAAAUGGAUGCCAGUGAGCUGUCUAAAGAAAACCCGGAGCGGUCGGAGCUUGUGUCCGAGGAGGGGAAGAACAUAAAGGCCGUUUUGUGUCAACGCUGCGGCUCCAAAGUGCUGUGUCCCGGGAUGGCGGUGUUUGCAGAGAAAGAGCUGUUUCUUCCAUCGAUGCGUAAAAAGUCCGGUACUUUUGGCUCAGACGGAUCAGACGGAGACACGCUCACGUCUUUCUGGUUGGUCCACGACAUGUUUGAUUUUGAAAACGUGGGAUUCACAAACGACGUCGGACGCAUCAAGUACCUGAUCUGUGCAGACUGUGAGAUCGGACCCAUCGGCUGGCACUGUCUGGAUGACAAAAAGAGCUACUACAUCGCAAUGGAGCGGGUCAACCAUGAAUAACUGUAAACAACAAGGAACUACUUUUUUAAAAUAUGUUUGACUAUGCAUCUUUUGUGGACUAAUUUGAUGCUCUGUCUUCUUUCAUGCAAAAACUCUUGACUCCACUUGUGUAAGAAAUCAUAUUAAAAAACACCACUAACCUUACAUAAUUUACAAAUAUUAGGCUCUUAAAGUUCAAUAGUGGAUGAAAGUUGAAUGAAUUCCUGUUAAUUCCUGUUCCUGAAAGACUUGAAAAACAGAACUAGUUCAUUUUAAACAGUUUUCAGUGGUCCAAAGUUAUUCUUAACUUGGUUUUUGCAUUCUGAACAUCCAAAUGAUUCACUGCAAUGAGUUUUUCACAACUUUCAGAGAUGUGAGCAGAGUUUUGACAGUAAAGCUAACAACAACUAGCAUGCUAACACGCAUUCCUGAUUAUCAGUCGAGCUAAACCAGGACAAGAUGUCUGUGCAGUCCCUCAGUUGUCCAGGUUUGAUCUAUAGUAAGAAAAAUUCAAUUCUGUCAGCUGGACAAAAAGUUGUAGGAGUGAAGACGUUUUGCUGCUCAUCCCAGCUGCUCCUUCAGUUCUGGUCAGAUUACUGGUGGACAUUGCCUUAUAUCUGACGGGAGGAGCUAGCUACACUGAAACUAACACAACUAUUGUUCAGUUAGGCACAGUUUAGUUUCUAUUUGUAUAUAUCUAUAUUUUGCAUAAUCACUCUGGCUAGCACGAUUGUUUUCCUUGUUUAGAUUUAGGUCCGAGGAUGGAGUCUUUCAUAACAAAAAUGGCCUCUUUAACUCCCCUCUCAAAUAAUUCCUUUUCUUUGGCUAAGAUCUGUACCUCACUAUCUUCAAAGGAGUGGUUAGUGGCUUUGAGAUGGAGAUGUACUGAAGACUGGGGUCCUGAGGAAUUCUUGUGAUGGUGUUGGUACAUUCUUUUAUGGAGUGGCUAUUUUGUUUAUCCAGUAUAACGCUCGCUGCAGUCUUCAUUGCAGUGAGUGUUAUACUGGAUGGACACUGAAUGGAGUAGACCACAUUGCUUUGUUUGUGGCUUAGGCUGUUGUCCUUUGAGUGAACCAAUUUCUGUCUUAAGUGUUUGAAAUAGACCGGAAUUUCAUCCUGUCUGAAAAUCCUCUGAAGCAAAAUAUGACUCGGGCACUGUUCACAGUUAGUGUAGCUCAGUAGACCAACAAACUGAAACCACAAACAGUGGGGUUUUCAUUUCAAUGUAGUUAGCUCCUCCCUUCAGAUAAAUAUAAGGCAGUGUCCACUAGCAAUCUGACCAGACCUGAAGAAGUGGCUUGGAUGAGCAGCAAAACCUCUUCACUCAAACUUUUUGUCCAGUUGACAGAAUUGAUUUUUUCUUUUACUAUAAACCAGGACAAGUGUGAACUCACCUCAAGACGCAUAGUAACUAGGACAUAAUUAUCUAAAAUGUUACAGUAGUUUUUUGUGGGACAUCGAACCAGGCUCAUCAGUAAUUUGUUCAAACCUAAUUAAACCAGUGCUCUAUUGAAAUGAAAUCAUAUCCCACAUAUACUGUAUGUUUGUAUGUUAUAAAACAGCUCACUGCCUCUUAUAA